AUGGGUACUCGAGUUGCUGCACUUCAGGUUCUUCGGUGGACUGUGAGACACACCACCUGCUCUGUCCAGUCCAGUCCCCUUUGGGAGAUGUUCACCUCCGGGCCUCUGUGCACCGGCUGCAGAUUGUUGUGUUCCUCCACCGACCAGAGCAAUGAACUCUCCAGCAAACCAGUAUCAGAGCUGCCCCCCUCACACUCUCUGCGUGAUAUGGGAUUCACAGACACCCAGGCGGAGCAGAUCCAUGAAGUCGUGUCCAGACUCAGAGGAGGAAGUGCUGCCAAAAAUGCUCUGUCAACUCUCACAGCUCUGCUUGUCCUCGGGCUCACAAAUCCCUCCACAGUGCUGAAGCUGUUGGAGAAAUGUCCUGAACUUUACACUGUGAAGGAAUCACUGCUUCAGCAGCGCAUCGUCAACAUGCGGAAAAAACUAGGUCUGGGUGAAGGUAGUCUCCAGAGAGUGGUGUCCCAUUACCCUCAGAUCCUCACUGUGCCUGUGAAGACAAUAAACAGGGUGGUGAUGUUCCUCAGGGACAAGUGCUGUUUACCGUUCCAGCAAGUCAAAGACAUCCUCAGGAGAUUGUCCCGGCCAUAGUCCUGGGAAAACAUGGGUCAGCUGGAGUACAAGUUUCAGUACGUCUACUUCAGAAAAAUGGGCUGGGUCAAACAGGCGGAGAUGGUGAAGUUCCAGGCGUGUUUCCGUUUCCCUCUGGACGAGGUGCGCCGUCGACACUGUUUUCUGGAGCGCAGGGGGCCCUGUAUCAAAACCCCGGACAAGAAAGGACAGACGACCAUCAUCAAACCCCAAACUGGACAGCAUCCUCCAUGUUUGACGAGAGUAACAUCCUUCAUCACAGAUGUUGCAAAUGCGUCAGCAGAGGAGUACGAUGUGUUUAAGAGACUGGUGGUGCCAGAGAAAUGGCAGGAAGAGGAGCACGGCAGCAUUGAAGCUGAUAGUGAUGAUGAUGAAGAAGAGGAGGAUGAUGAGGGGGAGGACGAGACUGAGAGGAGAGAUGGGUACCUGAAGAGAAGGACAAAAAAAGUAAAAUGGAAAUGGCACUGUUAG